GUCCAACAACUCGGACAGCACCGUCCGCUCCACGGAGAGCGUGGGCGUCCGGCAGCCAGCCAAGAGCAAAAUCCGCCGCCACAAUAACAGGCUUUCAACUGUUUUCAACCACAGCCCCAACCUGCGUGACGCUGCACGCCGCGGCCAGGCACCGGGCGGAGGGAGCCUCCCCGGCGACCUGCAGGCUGCGGACGACCCGGCUGAGCUGUCCAGUCAAAUGUCUGUCCCCGGCAUCCUGAAGGUCUUCGGCAGCGACAUCUGUCAGGGGACCAACUAUAAGAGCGUGCUGGCCACCACGCAGUCCAGUGCAAAGGAGCUGGUGAAGGAGGCCUUGGAGAGGUACUGUCUGGAAAAAGAAGACGCCAACGACUACGUGCUCUGUGACGUGAUCGGCCAGACGGGCGCAGACAACCAGUGGAAGAGGGAGUGUUUCCGGGUGGUGGGAGACCACGAGAAGCCCCUCAUGCUGCAGUCGCUGUGGAAACCAAAGGAGGGCUUCUCCAGACGCUUCGAAAUCCAGCUGCGAGCGAGCGUUGAGGAGCAAAGUUUGAAGGACAGGGACACAGUAACAGCAGGGAUCAACGCUCAGGCUCGGAAGCUGCAGAAGAGCCGCUCCAGAGUGACCUCGCUGUUUGUGGAUGGCAGCGGUGAGGACGUGGACGGACUCGGGAUCUGGAGAAGUCUGAGCGAGAUGGAUCUGUCUGCGAUGGGGAAGGAGGCCAACCGGGCCCGGCAGAGUGCACUCAGAGAGGAUCCCGAGGCCGAGGCCGACAAGGACGUCCUGCGGCUCGGUAUGGAGAAGGAGGAGACGGAGAGCAGCGACGACAACACCACCCAGUACUCAAUUCACCCGCCAUUUGACUUCCCCUACUUCCUCCUGCUGCAGGGCUACAGCCACAGACAGGAUUUCGUCAUCUACCUGAUGAGUGGGACCACCACCAUCUUCGGCUGUUGUAGGGAGCACUGUAACGGAGAGGAUGAGGAGAGAUUAAAGGUCGACAUCCUUCUCUUCGCCCCCGAUGUGUUGCCCCAGCACUGCUGCGUCAGACGCCUGGACUCCAACAACCCAACCUCCACAGGGGAGCACAGAAAGACACUGACGAUGCUGAAGCCCCUCCACGGUGCUCCUGUGACCAGAAAUGGUUUCCUACUUAAAGAAGAGGUGGAACUGAACCCAGGGGACUUGGUUGGCUUGGGGAAACACUACCUGUUCAUGUUUAAGGAUCCUACCUGCACAUCAGGAUCCCUCCAGACUCCACCUUGGAUGACCAGACUCUGCCCGAACUCUGACGCAAAGACGUCGUCCUCGUGUUUAUCGUGCGGCUCCGCUCUCAACGUCAAAAGGCUCCAGAGGAAGCCAUUACCGCCUCACUGGAGGGACCUGGAAGGCACAGAGGCUUUGGUGAGCUAUGAGCUGGAGCAGGAGGAGAGGGUCCUUCAGGAGAUUUUGGAUAUGUUGGACGCAAGUGGAAAUGAACCAAAGCUGACGCCUGCUUUCCUGCUGAGCCUGUGCAUCCAGCACUCAGCGUCCUCGUUCCAGCUGACACACUUCAGACAGCUGCUGCUCCGGAUAGCCAGCCAGAUCCAACUCGUUAUGUGGGAGAAGACAAAGGAACUUGCAGCAAUCCAGCCAGAAACGAGCACCGGUGAAGGGCAGCCUGAGCAUCUUCAGCUGCUCAGCAUGCAGGAGCUGAUCCCGGGUCUGCAGCCUCUGGUGCUGUGGAUGGCCAACUCCAUCGAACUGCUGCACUUCAUCCAACAUGAAGUCCCUCAGCUGCUGCCCUGGAGGCAGGACCAGGAGGACGAAGGUCUGUUGGACUCUGAGAUGUCCUCCACUCGGAUAGCCUGUGAGGAAGCCAUGACGGUCCUGGAGGAAGUCAUCAUGUUCACCUUCCAGCAGUCCGUCUACUAUCUAACAAAGAGUAUGUAUUCAGCCUUGCCCGGGCUGCUGGAUGGAAACCCGUUCUCAGAGGGGGGCCAGCUGCGAGUGCCCGACGGACUCGGCGGCAUCCUGGAGGUGCUGAAGGAGGCGCUGAAGCUUCUCACAGCCUUCCAGGUCCAUCCAGACAUCUCACUGCAGCUCUGUGCCUACCUGUUCUUCUUCAUCAACGCAUCGCUGUUCAACGCCCUCAUGGAGAGAGGAUCAGUCGCUGGGUUCUACCAGUGGUCCAGAGGCGUUCAGAUCCGGGCCAACAUGGACCUGCUGAUGGACUGGAUCCAGAGUAUCGGUCUCGGCGAUCUGGCCACUGAGUUCUUCCAGAAGCUUUCCGCCGCCGUCAAUCUGCUGGCCACACCCAAAGAAACCCUCCUGCAGGCGUCCUGGGCUUCUCUCAGGACAGAGUUUGCCGCCCUGAAUCCAGCUCAGCUUCAUCACAUGCUGAGGGAGUACAGCUCUGGUAAAGCCUGUCCCACCGGAUGGACGCCGUCAGCGGAGGACGCGGAGGACGCCGUCAGGACGGCCGACAUCCUGGAGAGCUUCGACAACCACCCGCCGCUCAUCCUGCCCAGCAGCACGUUUCACCUGGAGCUGGGUAAACCCCUCGUGGAGCCGGCUCUGUUUGAGCAGCUCGCUCAUCUGCAGGAGUUCAUACGCCGCCUCCCCCGCGGCGAAACCCAAGCCGAGCCCGAUGUGGAGCAACAGACAACAGACAGCCAGUCUGCGACCUCGCCCUCCGUCAGAGUCUUCCAGGAUCCGGCCCAUCAGGUGGUCACUGACCCGGUUACCUGCUCCUCGCCAGAGGCAGACCUGGACUGUACCUCCCCUGCGGAGCCGGCUCAAGCCCGAGGAUCUCAUGGCGACCUGAGCAGCUGCGAGGCAGUUCUGACCCAGAAGCUGAAGAGCCUGGAGCUGCAGAACACCCUCCCAGGACAGGCUGACCUGGUCUACCACAAGAGCCUGGCUCUGGACCCGUCCUGCCUGCUGACGCCGCCCAACACCCCGCAGGGUAUGGAGCUGGCUGAGCUGGAGGCGGAUCUGCAGGAGGGCGCUCGCCAACAGAAGAAAGCCGUCGGAUACGCUGAGUGGAAGAAGGACAAUGUGGAGGAGGAAGAGGAGGAAGACAGAGAGGAAGUGUUCACAGUGGAGCUGCACAGAGGACCUCAUGGUCUUGGACUGGCGCUCGUGGACGGGAUGAAAACGCAGCUGAGAAUGAGCGGCAUCUACGUGAAGUCAGUGGUUCCCGACUCUCCCGCCGCUCAGUGUCAGAAACUGAGGACAGGCGACCGCGUCCUGGCGGUUAACGGCAUCAGCCUGGUCGGUAUGGAGUACAACACCGGCAGAGAACUGAUUCGAUCGUCGGGCGACUCUCUCCGACUGCUGGUGGCCAAGAUCGACUCGAGGACGAGCGGCAAGGGUUCGACUACGACUAAAUGCUGAAGGGAGCGGCCGAGGCUGGCGAUCAAGUGCAAUUGGGAAUACUGGAGGAACGUUUUGGUUCAUCCUUCCUGCCGCUUCCAGAGUCAGUGUUUCUCUCCCCCUCGACCAACCAAAGGAAAACACACUUCCUGCUUCUCCUUUCAGACUUAUUGUGUUUUCUGCGUAAAGAGCAGCGAGACAAUCGACCCCCGGCGGCAGGACGGACUCGUAGCCGGCAGACGGGACUGUCAGGACGAGUUUUUAAAAGCUCAUUUUGCUGCCGCAGCUUCUUUUCUGGCCUAUAAACAAACUCCUCGUAAACCGUGAGGGUUUUGGCGGUGCAGGAAAAAACAGCUGAAACAUGUAUUUGAAUGUCUGAGUACUCGGUAUUCUGUCUGCCCACCGAAGGAUCGGCUCCAGGAUCAAGACUCGUUGACGUUAACUGGAAUUAUUUUUGAAAUCAUGGGUUUUAUGGCUAUUUAAAAAACUGUGAACCAACAUAAAACCCUUCAUUUGUGAGGGAAAUCCUAAGUAAAGGAAUCUUUUUCCAUCACAGAUAUUUUUGUUAAUAUUCUGUCUUUUUUUUUUUGCUUCCCCCCCAAAAAAAAGCUGAAUUAUUUCAACUCACUGGGAGAUUUAUUUUUUAGAAACUAUGAUUUUCUUUUAACAGUUGGGCAUUUUUACUGUGGCCUUCAGAGCGUCGUACACAUCUUUUACACUUUUAUAUCACAAUAAAUGCUGUUUAUGAAAAGUUCUGUUACAAGCAACCAGUAAUAAUAAAUGUUCGGGUUAAGAAAACUGGAAAAAGCUUUUCAAACUGCAUUUUUUUUUGGUUUUUCAUGCUUUUAAACAGACUGAAGGAUUACACACUUUAAAGCAAUACUAUGGAAGAUUUGGUGCCUCCAGUUAUAAUACCACCGUUGUACUUAUGGACAGCUGUAAUUACCUGCUUCUUGUGGCCGAUACAGAUGAAAUUAUUUCACAUUUUUGAAUUUUUAAAGGUUCUGUAGUUUUUACACACCUGUGCAUCCCUUCUCUUUGCCCUUAGGUAAGUCCAUAGAAGCUACAGAGCCUGAACACUCCUGGUUCUGGUUCUGGUUCUGGUUCUGGCACAACCAGCAGUGACUCCAUAUCUUCCUCCUGUCCCAGUUGGUGGUUGUGACUUACUGCCAUUAAGCCACCUGUGACAACCCGAAACCAAAAGUUACACAGAGCGAGAACCGGGGAAUGAACUCAACUCAGAGUAGCAUCAGAAUGCUAAUAAAACAUUUAUUUUAAGUUAUUAAAAAUGACAUAAUGUUGCUUUAAAGUGGCUAAAAUCAACACGUUUAUCCUUACAACACAACUUUACUCACUGUUACAGCUCUCAUAGCGCUGUUUAUAGCGAUAUCUAUAGCGGAAGCUGUUUGCAGACAUUUAGCAGUUAAAUUCACGGAUAUUUCCCUCAAAUGAAUCAUAAUGUUGCUCUGUAACUGCUGGAUGUGUAAAUAAGCAACUGCUGUUUGCUAACAAGUUCAACAUAUUGACUUGAAAGUUGAUAUAAUGUGUAAAAGUGUUUGUUUCUGCUGGUCAAAAAACAAAACUGCUAAAAUCUUAUGAAUAAUAAAGCCAAAAAUAUUCAGUCAGACAGCUAAAAUAAACUCCUCUGCUUCAGUUUAUUAUCUGUAAAUACAGUAUUCACAUCCACACACACAGACAUCUACAGUGGGUGUAUUCAAUUAAAGGGAUUGUUCAACAUUUUGGGAAAUAAAGUGAAAGUUAUAAGCUAAAUAACAAAUGUCAAACCGUGAGAGUAAAAGACCAAAUAUAAUAAAAUAAUAAUUAAGAAUAAUAAAAUGUUUAUAUUACAGACUGUAAAUUGCACAGAAAACCUCUCAUUAUUCUUAUGGCAAAAAAACUUUUUUAUACAGCAUUUAUAUGGU